CAACAACAGCACUGAAAUGAAAUAUCCAGGCGGUAAUCCAUCGACAAUGUUUUGCGAACAGGUUGGAACCGUGACGUCGCUGUUUGAGCAGUGGAAUGAUUGCGAACGGACGGUUGUGCUGUACGCGCUGCUGAAGCGUGUACCGUUCGCCAAUCUGAAGUUCCUGCAGGUUUCGAUCGAUUAUAAUCUGGCGCAAAACUACAGUACCCAGGCAAAGUUACAGCAGCUAGAAACGAAGGCGAACAACACGAUCCUGCUGGGCAAGUUGAUCCAGCGGUACUAUCAGCUGAGCGGUCACAGCAGUGCGGCUGCUUCCCAGCUAAUCGGUGGCACCCAGCUGAACAACAACAAUAAUAACAACAACAGUGUGAACAAUAAUCUCAAAACCGCUACCGAUACGUCCUCACUGUAUGAGCUGCUGAAGAAAUCAUCCAACUCUACCAUUGCGGACGGUGGAGGCGUCGCGCCGACGACGAUCCUGAAAGAAUCUCCUGUCAUUAAUGCUACCACCACUACUACUCCCUCCACGACGACGGCGGCAAUAUCGCCGGGACACAACCAACUCACAGCGAAGGGAUCUAUUAGUGGUCACGAACAGCAGCAGCAGCAGCAGCAACAGCUCCAGCGAGAACCAGAAACAAAAGAAGAUAUUCUGAAAGAUAUCCUCAUGUACCUGCCACUGUUGGCACCGGGGAAUGAUGAAGCAAAGAGUCUCUACAUGUCACUAAUACCGCCAGCGGUGGAUGACGCUUGCCGGCAGCUCGUACCGACAGAGAUCGUGCAACAGACGCUGUCCUAUCUGCUUAUACAUCCCGCUAUUACGAACGAUGAUCGACGCGUUCUAAGCCACUGGCUGCGACAUUUGGAGGAUUACAUCUCAACGUCCUACCUGCCACCGGCUAACACCACACCAUCCGUCGUGAAGAAUCGCAACUUUUUCAACAUUCAGCAAGUGACCGGUGUAGCCAACGGUACCAGCAGCAGUAACAGCAUCAACAGCAACAAUGGCACAACAUCAGUGUCCGGUGUCGCCAACCCACCUCACGUACAGUAUCUGUCAACAUCGACAAACUCUUCCGGCGGAUUGGGUGCACCAAACACAUGGACAAACGGAGGCUCAGCUCCGGGCUCACAGAUCGUGCCUGCCGUGCAUCAUCUCCAUCAUCCACAGCAUCAAACGUCCGCAUCGUCGGUGCUGUCGAAAUCGCAACAAAGCCUAAAUCACACGACAACGACCGGUCCGGUGACCGGCGGCAACAGCAAUACUAGCAAUAGUCAUAUCAACAAUAGCAGCAGCUCCAGCACAAGCUCGUCCAGCUCGACAAACAGCUCCAGCUCCUGUCUGGAUAGUGCCGCAUCUCAGCUUUUGAAAACGGCGGCCUCUCCUCGACCGCUUCCAACGGCCGAGUCGGUGCACGAGUUUAGCAAGACGAUUGGACAAAGCUUGCUCACAUCUAGUCAAUCGAUGCUGUGUAAUACCGGCAGCAGUAAUGGUACCGGAAGUUCCCUAGUGUCCGGAGGUAGCAGCAUAAGUUUGAAUCUGCCUCUAAACGGACAACAACUGCACCAGCAACCACAGCAACGGCCUACAAUAACGGGAGGACCCUCAGUAGUCGAAAGUGACGCGCAUCACGAUCUCAUGGCUGCGACGGAAUCGCUGCUGUACGAUUCCACCGACGACGAUCAUAUUUCUUUCAGCAAGAACGGUACCGAGAUAUUUGAUUACGAUUGUGAUUUCGAUAACGAGGACGAGUUCAACUACAUAACGCGCAGUGCGGCCGCUAUCCGGGCAGCGGAAGCUGCAGCAGCAGCAGCAUCCCCUAACGUCGGUCCAGCCUCUGGCGCUUCCUCCACUCCGGCUGGUUCCGGAGUAGGGCCGGCACACGCCACCGGUAAAAAGUUGGUCUCGUUCAAUAGUAAUGUCAACGAUUUCUUGCGUGUCCCGCUGCUUACCAGCUACGGGCAACACAAUCUCCUUGCACACGGACCCAGUUCCAUCGGAGGCGGUGCAUUGCUUGAUCUCGAUCUGGACAGUACACUGAUGAAGACGCGCCGGUCCAACAGUCUUACAACCCCUUCGACCCUUUCGGCGCUCGGCGUUGGAGGAGAGCUAAAUGCACAGCAGAAGCAAAACAACGAAUGCCUCUCGGCAGAAAAUCUUUCCAAUUUACAACUGUUGCAGAACAAACCGCGCAGCUUCUCGCUAACGAUGGAAAGCCCACGCUCUUCGUUAGCGUCGAGCGGUUCCGAUACGCAGCUGGACGACUACAAGCAGGGCAGCGGUUUGAUGAAGCUUUACGGCGGACAACCAAACAUUGGAAUGUCCAGCAUUGCGCACUGGCUGAAGAGUUUGCGGCUGCACAAGUACGUGUGGUUGUUCUCGAAUCUAACGUACGACAAGAUGCUUGGCAUUACGGAAGAGUACCUGCAGAAUCUCGGUGUAACGAAGGGUGCCCGGCACAAGCUGGCGAUCUGCAUUCAGAAGCUAAGGGAGCGCUACGGAACGCUGCUGCAGCUGGAGAAAGAUCUGAUUGCGGGACAGAAGGCACAGCUCGGUACGGUACUGGAAGAGCUGACCAACAUCGUGCUGACACCGAUGAAACCGAUUGGCAUGGAUCAAACGGAGGAUAUAGCUGGACAGUUUGCGAAGGUGUUGGAUUUAGUGGGUUCCAUCAUUGUAAUGCGACCGGUCUGCAAUCAGCAGGACGAAGAGUACCUGAACAUUUUCCUGUGGAUUGUCGAGCGCGCCUUGCACAACGACGCGUUCAUCGCCCACUCGGCACAGCUGAAGGACCACAAGUACAAAGUGUCAAAGAUAAAGAUGCAGAUAGCGCCAAAGAGUGGACACUUUACGAAGGCUACGAACGUUGCUGGGCCUGGUAUGAAUAAGCCAAGAUGGUCCGCAAACAAUAAGCAUAAACCAGUGAACGCCAACGAAUCGCAAGCAAAAACGCACCGCAAAAGUUCCGUACCGUACUUUGUACCACCGAACCAUCUGAAUGCGAGCCAGCAAGCAUCCUCCGUGGGACCUUCGCCGCAGACACCACACUCCCUUCUACCGGGUGCAUCGUCGCAGGUCAUGACCGCCCAUCAGUAUUUCCAUCACGCUAAUAAUGCCGCCAACAGUGUUAGCAAUAGCGGCAGCAACAAUAGCACCGCCAAUUACAACAAAAGCUCCUCCUAUCCGAGCUUCGCUUCUACCCUACACAGUGGAAGCGGUGUGGCGAGUGGUGCCGGUGGCGUCAUGAAACCGAUGGCAACCAUUAACCCGUCAAUGCAACCAACCAGCCAGCAUCACCAACAGCAACCCCUGCCCCCGCACAAACAAUCCUCACAGCAGCAGCCUCCCUCGCUACAGCCACCGGCCAUGCAACAUCCCAACUUUAUGUUUCAUCGCCAUUCGCUGAGCAACAUUACGCAUCACCAUCACAACGCCAACCCGUUGGUACCACCGCCGACCAUUUUCCUAAACAAUCUGUGCUCCGUGUCGGGCGAGAAUCGUUCCACUGGUGCGAAGAUCGUUGACAGUGGUUCGGUAAAAGGUAACGGUGCGAUGAAACAGCUUUCCGGUGGCAGUAUAAUGGGUUCGGCAGGAGAACAAUCGCUGCUAAUGGCGAAGGAUUGCGGUGGCCAGAAUGAUAGUAGCAGUAACAGCAACCACAACAGCAGUAUCGUUGAUAUCAACUCGCGACUUGAAUUUCUCUGUCGGCAGAUGACAGAACAGGCGAUAAAUUAAUGAAACUGAGCUGAGCUAAAUAUAGGCAGCGA